AACCAGACCAGCAGGAUUUUUGCAAAUAACCAAUUAGAGCUGGGGAGGGAAGUAGCCUAUAGAACAAGGGAUAUUGAAUGUAGACAGAUAAAGGGAAGUGGAGUGAAGUUUUACAGUGACUUUUACCACUGGUGCUGUACCGUCCCUUUUAGUGGUGGCUCAGCAGGGACUUUCCUUUGGAGAAAGAGCCGAUAUGAAUUAAGAGACAAUGAGUAGGAGGGAGCCGCAGACUGACUGAGGGAGGAGUCUGAAGGGAAGAGAGCCAAAGGGAGGGGCACAGAUAGGCUUGGCAGAUGUGUUUUGACUUCAGCUGUGAAAAGACAGAGGACAGGAAAUGACUGCAGGCUGCACAGACAGUCCACUUUUUCACUUGUCACUCAGUUGCUGUCUUUCAAUUUCUUGUUAAUUUCUUGUGGAGUGUGUCUGAAACGUUCCUGCUGACAUCAUGGAUAACUUCCAGACUGUCCUGCGUUUCUUCAUGAACCAGAAAAACACCAUUGGCUACAGUUUCAUGGCUCUACUGACUAUAGGCGGGGAGCGAGUUUUUUCCAUGGUCUCUUUUCAGUGCCCCUGCAACCACGACCAGAACUUUGCUUACGGGCUGAUGUUCCUGCUGGGCCCAGCUGCAGUGCUGCUUGUCCUCAGUCUGUUCUUCAGCAGCAAAUUGUGGAGGCUCUACACUGGCUGCUGCCUCAAUCCAAUGAAGCUAUGUCCCCGUGGAAACUGCUUCUCUUGCCUCAGGGUGUUCAUGAGCAUCUUCACCGGGGCUUGUGUGGCCCCCAUAAUGUGGCUUUGUGUGGCCCUGCUCAACGGUACCUUUUAUGAGUGCGCUGUCAGUGGUCUCGAUGAUAACCUGGUGGUGCAUCUGUUCUGUAAAAACAAGACCAUGAAGUGUCGGGAGGAGCUGGCCCAAGUGCCCUGUGACAGGUCGAAACUGUCCAAAAAUGAGCGCAUGGAACUCCUGCUGAUGUUCAGAGCCCAGUCACAGAUCCUGGGUUGGUGCAUCAUCAUCAUCGCUGCCACUGUGGGCCUCCUGGGUACCUGCUAUACAAACUGCCGCUCCAAAGUCAGCUUCCUGCAGCUCACAUUCUGGAAACGCUAUGUGGAGAAAGAGAAGGAGCGCUUCGACACAUUUGCUGUGGAAUACGCCACCAAACUGGCCGAGAGAAACCUCCAGAGCUUCUUUGAGAACAAGCAUCCUGAACCAUUCCCAUUCCCCAACCACAAGGCGUGGGAGGAGAUCUCUGCACUCUACACCUUCUCCAGGAGUGAGCAGUAUUACAGCACCCUGCAGCAGUACAUAGAGAGGACGGACAGGGACUUCACAUGUGAGAAGAGACCUGUCCUGGACUUGGAGGAUGAAAUAGAGAUGAGCUAGAUGAGGAGGAUCUGUUUUGUUUGCCAUUUCAUUAGUGAAUAAAACACAGACAUUCAAGGAAUAGACAGUGGUGAGACUGUUGGAUGCUCACCACUGACAGACUGGUAUUUAAGUCUAUUGUAUGUGCAAGUUUGACUCAGGAAAAGCUGUCACAGGCUGCUUCCUCACUAACAAAGCUGCCCUUUCAUUAUGUUAAUCCAAAUAAUGUGGCUAUUGCCAAACUGCAAUGGUACAACCUCAGCUAAAAAACAGUGAAUAAUGCAGGGUAUUACCACUAUUUUAUACACUAUUUUUUCCUACCUUUGUAACAAAGCAUGCCGUAACUUUAACAAGUUGGAGUCAGGAUCCAGGAUACCGAGGUCAUGUCCUUGAUAUUUUUUUCUGAGAAUCUGGGGGUUGUAACAACCUUCACGAAGGUACAUUCUACAAUUUAAAAGCAGUGGUUCUCAAGCUUUUUUGGGCCAGCCCCCCUCUAUCCAUUAUCCAGGUCCCUUACUGCUCCCCAUUAAAUAAAAUGUAGGCUAAUUGUCCUCUGAAUAUUCCCUCCCUGAAUAUUAAUGUUGAUUAUUAUUCCGUGUUAUAUCAGUAAAAAAGCAUGUCAUUGAAUGCCAAAUAACUGAUUUGUUUAACUGGACAGUUGGAAUAUCAUUAUCAUUAGUUUCCUAGGGAGCAAAAAAGCUAUGUGAAUAGAAAUUAUAUAUAUGUGUUAAACAAAUACAACAGUUAGAAAAUUGACACUCAAACUUUAAUUAGGUCUCGUUAUUAUCGCCCAAUACACAAAUUUUACUGUAGUUACGUGUGUAAAAUAAACUUGACAAUGCUGACAAUUAACACUUUGAAGUCUAUGAUAAAAUUGUUAAAAUGUGUAUUCAAAUGUAGUACUAAACUGGCAUUAAAAACGGACAUACACAAACACCCCCAAAGAACAACUCACCACCCCGCUUUCAAAAAUAUUUCUUUGAGCGCCCCCCGAUGUUCUCUGAACAUCCCUUGUGGGGCAGUACCGCCCUGUUGAGAAACACUAAUGUAGGGAAAAAUGCAUAAAGAAGUUAAACAAACAAAAUAUGAAAAGUCCAAAAAAAAAAAAAAGAAAAAAAGAAAAAAAAACUGCACUUCUUUGCAGUGGGGAGAACCAAACCCAUGACCUCUGUUUUUCUAAAAUCCUUGCAGCUAUAGCCCGGUUGCAUUUAUGAUGAAUACUUAAUUUGAAAACUGACAAAGUGUAUGAAAUGUAAAACGUAAAAAGCAUUCCUUCCUUAUGCAUAUCAUGAGAAUUUUGUAUGAGCAGACUCUUGAUAUUCUGUAUUGCCUGAGUUGUCAUGUUGGACAAUGAAGAAAGUGUUGUUUAUCCUGACAUUAAAAAUAUAAUGCCUUGUAAUUACCCUCCAGAUAGAUGUGCAGUCUUUCAGCACUUCAUCCUGUGAGAUUGAGGCAAAGACAUGUGAGAGUGAUGCCCAGACAUGCAGAGACAUUGUGGAAAUUAAAUGAAAAAAGUUUUCUGUUUGCAGAGCAGAACAUUUAGUGGGCUUGACAGCUCAUUCUUGACAUUGGAAAACAGCAGUUGACAAAACAAUCUAAACUCGCGGUCCACUUACUCAGGUUGUUCUGGUAUGUUUCGGCCAAAUCACAUGGUCCUCAUCAGCAGAUUGAGUUUGCUCAUUUGCCAUGGAAAUGUAGCUGUUCAGACUUUCAUUGAUUCUGAGCAGCUCUGGGACUUGUCAUCCAUGUUGAUUCAAGAUAAGGUCAGAUAAGGAACCCCCAUCUCCUGCAUGGUCACUAAACCAGACCACUGACCCAAACCACCUUUGAUCCUUCACGCUACAAGUGCCAGCAAGAUUGAAAGAUCAAUCAUCACACCCCAGUUUUAACUGAUAGUACCACUUGGAUAAACGGCCCCCAUCAUUGUCUAUCAUAACUCACCUCUAAGAGCCAGUCACACACAGAGAUGAGCUUGCACCAACUUUAAUCCCACUAUGGACUCUAAUUUUCAGGACUUGAAUGACUAGCCCAAGAACUGAUCAAUGGGCACAACAGCAUAAGGCACAAGACAUGCUGCACAAUAUGCCAUGCCCAGUGACUUAGAGACACUCAUAGACGUUUACUAGAAAACACACACACACACACACACACACACACACACACACACACACACACACACACACAAGAACAGAGGACUGUAAAACCCAUGGACUUAUGAAUAUAGUUUUAGAUUUUGUUUAAAAACAAUUUAUAUUGUAUGUUAGUAUGUGUGUGUAUGUCACAAUAUGUGUUGGUAUGUAUUUUAAUUAUGCUUUUAUUCCACUCCCUUCAAGCUAAGAAAUGUACCACAAGCAUAAUUCCAUCAUCCUUGAUAACAUGUGUUUGAUAACAUCAUGUUUAGUACCAUUUUGCAUUCUCAGAAUGCUAAAGCCACUAUCAAAAAUGCAAAAUUGUGAAUCAUACAAUUGUUAAAUUGUAAAUACCUUGAUUAAUGGAGUAACCAUAUUCAGGAGUUGAACCUGCCUGUCAAUGGACAGGAGGGGACUGACUCUGCUCGCCCAGAACUCUGGAUCCCCUGGGAUUGGCCAGGAUACACCUUCUGGGUGAGCAGACUGAAACUUUAAAACAGCCUCUUAACAGAGGCCCUGUUUACUCCUGGCAUUAACAUGCGUCUUGGUUGAUCUGAUCACAAGUGGACAGCUCUAAGUACAGGUGUGAACGCACCCAAGAUGCAUUGAGGACGCAUUGAGAUCCGAUUACUCUGUCUAGACUUCUGUCCUGUCAAGUUGAUAACUACAGUUUUUAGUUUUGCUGUGCUGCUUGACAUAAUAGAGCUCAGGAUUUAUCAGGAGGAUAACUGCAUUACACAUCCGUAGCGGUCCAUUUACCCUCCGUCCAAAGCUGUGUUCAACUUGUUUGAUAACAGAAUAAACAAAUCUAACAGAAAUUCG